AUGACUCAAAGUCCAAUUGCAUUGAGUUCCCCGAAUGACCCAAGAGUAGAAAUAGAAACUGAGCAACCUACAAAUGCUAACUUUGCUCCAUCAUCUUCUUAUCGUACCAAGAAAAGGCAUACAAAAGACUAUGAGAAUGUUGCAUUUGUGCACACCAAUGAAGAUAUUCUGGUAGGUCAGUUAUACCCGAGUAAGAAAGCCUUGAAACUACAUUUGGGUAUGCUUGUAAUAAGAAAGAAUUACGAGUUCAAAGUGAACAGAUCUACUAGUGAUCGGUUUGAAGUUAGGUGUGUGGAUCCUAACUGUAAGUGGCGACUCCGUGCAAUAAAGCUACAAGACUUGGCAUAUUUUGAAGUGAGAAAGUUUCAUAAUGAACAUUCUUGUUCGCUGGAUAUUAUUCAUCGUGACCAUCGACAAGCAAGCAGCUCCCUAAUUGGUCAAUUUGUCAAGUCAAAGUUUGAGGGAGGAACCUCGCGUAUGUACAAACCUAGAGAUAUGAUUGAUGAUGCGCGUGUCCAACUUGGAGUUAAUAUGGGCUAUAAUAAAGCUUGGAGGGCAAGAGAGGCAACAUUAGAAAUUGCAAGGGGAUCACCAGAGGAAUCAUUUGCUAUACUUCCAACAUAUUGUGCUAUGUUAGAGCGCAAAAAUCAAGGUACAAUAACACACAUAGAAACUGAUGAACAAAAUCACUUUCUAUACUUUUUCAUGGCAAUUGGAGCCUCAAUUAGAGGAUUUCAUGAUUGUAUGAGGCCUGUGAUUGCCAGAGAUGGUACAUUUUUGAAAGGAAAGUACUUUGGAACCAUGUUUGUGGCUGCAUGUCAAGAUGGAGAGAAUCAAAUAUAUCAUUUGGCAUUUGGGGUGGUAGACUCAGAAAAUGAUGCCAUGGUCAUGGUUUUUGACAAAAUUGAGGGGGGCCAUUGGAGUUGUAGACAACUUGGUUUUUAUAUCUAA